CAACACCUAACGUUAGCCGCACUCUUCAGGCCACCUUUUCCAGCAAACCCGGAUGUUUUGGUGCUGGUGUUCACCGAUAAUGUUUAAAUGAAUAAAACAUCAUAAAAGCACCAACUUACCGUUGUUGUCUCCGCCAUAAUUCUGCACUAUUUCUCUCUGAGCUGUUGCACUGUACGGAAACUGCUGGCCCAGUCCUACUGUCCUGAAAUUGCUGCAAAAUGGCUGCAGUAUUUCGUCCUUUCCGGUGCCUUCGUGCUCAGAAGCGCCUGGCUGCUCGGCAACCAGAAUCCGAAGUCAACAACAGAAGCCGGGCAUACAGGUGAAAGUCAUGCGUCGCUCAGCUGCCAAAUCACGGGCCGAUAAAAGCCGCACCGAUUCUGUCCCAGUUAAUGCUGCCCCAGCGAUCCAGCCCAUUGAGACAGUGGACAUUGUCCCGGGCCGCCUUACCGAGUCCAGCUGGACCAGCAUGAUCUCCCAGGAGGAGGGUGAGGAGGUGGUGGCAGACAUUAUAGCAGAACUGAUGGAAGGAGUGAUGGACAGAUGCUAUCAGCUGUAUCUAAAAAGACAGUUGAUACCCUUCUCGGUUUGGUGGGCACAAAAUAACCUGGUGGAGACGCUAGAAUGUCUUCUCCUGAGGAGAGAUGAAGGGGAUGAUCCAGAAAAUGGACUCUUUUGGCAAGAGGAUCAAGAACCUCAGCCCUGUGCGAUUGAUUCCUGGGCUGAAGGAUGUGUUCCUGUGCUUCAUGCUGCUCAGGAAUAGCACAACGCUUUAUCACAGGUUUAUAUGGCAUUCAGACAUCCUGAAGUGAAAGGGCUGCUGGACCAUACAGAGGUUUGAUAUGUCUAACCCAAAAUCCUGUUGCACACAAAUUGACUGUUCAUAAUGUCUCAACAGAACUACACCAACUCCAACCUGCUUCGGCUCAAUCCCAGUAGAGCGAUGAUCCUGAAUUAUUCACGAAAACUCAAGAAAGUCUGACUUCAUUAAAACUCCACACAUAAGGAACUCCAAGGAAGCAAAUCUCUGAUCCUCUAGGGGUGUAAUUGCCUCUGUUGCUCGCCAAGUGUAGUCCUACUUCAAAUAUUUUCAUUUGACUCUCUCAGCCUCAAAACACAGACUAUUUAGGCCUGCAGGUGAGGAAACAGUGAUGCUAUGAGAUCCAAAAACUCAUGGACUAAUGUUGUAGCCUUUAGAGCACAGCUAGUAACAGACCAGAACAGUGUGAACCAUGACUGGAAAAAAAUAGCAGCUUUAGGUUCCUGCUGCAUACAGUGCUGAGACAUUUUUUACUGCGCUCUUUUUGCAUUGAGUAAAUCAAUGCCUUGUCUGCAUUUUUCUCUGACUGUUGUUGUAAUAAAG